AUGGGCAUUCCGAUGUCCAAGCUCAGUGAGAGCAACAUGCGGUUCCACGGCGUUAUCCCUGGGAAGAAAGCCGAUUCACUUGGCCAGAUUACUCCCGACGUGGUUUUCAGUGAUUCGACGAAUUACCGCAAAGAAAAGUUGACAUUUGAAGUUGUGGAUUUUCACAGUGCCUAUCAUGCUAUUCGGGGCAGACCUGCAUAUGCCCGUUUCAUGGCUCGAUCAUGUUAUGUAUACCUUAAGCUAAAGAUGCUUGGUCCCAAGGGUGUGAUCACAGUCACUCGUAAUCGGCAGAGAGCGGAAGAGUGCCUUUAG